AUGUUUGGAACUCCUAUAUGUAAAUUGCAUCACAUUUUUGGUUCUGUUGGAAGAAUUGUUUCAACAUUUAUAAUAACAGCAAUGUCUUUUGACCGUUGGGUUGCUGUAUGCCAUCCUUAUAAACGAAAAUUUCGUUCAAGAAGAUUUGUUCUUUGCACUAUUUUUGGUAAAAAAUUAAAAAAAAUUUUAAUUUUUAUUAAUUUAUUAGCUCUUUGGUUAAUUGCUUUCCUUCUUCUUUUGCCAAUGCUUACAUAUGCUAGGGCAAAUGAAAUUCUUUUACACCAACUUCGCCAACCAGAUCCAGUAUUAGGAAUUACAAAUAUUACUCGAGUACGUGUAUACAAAUGUUCUGAUAUGUUACCUCCACUAGUUUUUUAUUGGUUUACUUCUUCAACGUUUUUCCUGGGUUAUUUAGUUCCUCUUAUUUUGAUUGUUUAUUUCAAUUAUUGUUUAAUUCGUAAAUUAUACAAACAUACAAAACAAUUAAGAAGUGGAAUACCUUUACGUAGAAUAACUAUUUACACUAUUUUAAUUGCUGCUUUAUAUUUCCUUUGUUGGACACCUUAUUGGUGUUCUGUACUUUAUGCUAUUUGGAUGUCUAUAUUUACGGGUGAUAAACCAACAUCAGAAUUAGUUCUUUUUAUUAUUUAUUGUGUUCAUUUACUCCCUUAUUUGGGGUCUGCUUCGAAUUGGAUACUUUAUGGGUAG